AUGGUCGCCUCCGAGUCUCUUCCUGGCGUCUUUUCCACCAGCUCAGCCUCCCACCAGGGAACCUGCAAGCCACGGUCUAGAAAACCACUCACGGAGCCGGGCCGCCUCUCGAGCUCUGGGGAGAGGCCGCCGACGUGGUGUCUCCUGCAGGUCCGCGUCGGUCACUCCGCACCUCCGACCUCCUUUCCCUCCUGCUCCCGGCGGGCGGCAGCCUCUCGCCGGCUCUCAACUUUGGGGAGUUUCGAGCAGCGGCGGCGGCAGCAGCAACCCGGGCGCAGCCACGCUCCCCGCUGGCGCCGCUCGGUGCUCCCGGGCUCUUCGCAUUGCACGGCUCAAGGUACCGCCUCGGCGCUGCGGCCGCCGUGUGCCCGCGCGGGGCGCCCCGCUCGCGGCGCGGGGGCCGAAGGGCGGGGGCGCGGGCGGCUGGCCGGCCCCGCCUCCGCUCCGCGCGCUCGGGAGGCUGCGGGACCCGGGUUCCCGCGCGCCCGCGUCGGGCGCGGGGCGGGGAGGCCGGUCCCCGCUGCGCGUCUCCCCCUGGCGGGCACCAGCUCCGCCACUGCGAGAGGAGGCGCGCGGGGCGCGGGGCGCGGACAACGCGGGGGGGGGGACCGGCGGCGCAGCCAAUCCGAGAGGCGGCCACCGCCCCCCGCGGCCCCCUCCGGCUGCCCUGGGGACCCGGGGAACCGCCAGGCCCACGGAAUCAGGGACGGGGGUCCACACCCGAGGCCGGGACUCGCGUCCCCGAGUGAGGACGCGUCCAUCCACUCUCCGGCUGGUUGUGUCCGUCGGUCCAGCCCAAAGCGGGGUAGCGGCGGCGUCGGGGAAGAUAAUGAGAAGCCCUGAGAUCCCAGAGGCUGCUGCCAGAGGAAAAGCUGGGCAAGCGUGCAAGACUCUACUUCCUGCAAAUAU